AUGCUUAACAUGGAAGAGUUUUCACGAGCUGAAUUUUGAAAAUAUGCUUCUCAAAAGAUACAGAAUUUAUUGGAUUUUUCUUUAAGAGUCAACAAUGAAGAUCUCCUUUACAGCGUUAAUGACCCUGGAUCUCAUCAUCUUUAUACUCCACAACCUUCAACAAAAAUUAAUCUCAAGACUUCCAAAUUUUGUAGGAAUUACAAAAUAUAUAGCCCUCUGUCGGAUAAGCUUUUUGAAAGGUUAAGUUUGUAUGAGCCUAUUAAAAUGAAAAUUCAGCCAAAGACUAAUCAGUCAUCAACAACAUCAUCAGCCAGAGCGAUUAAAAAGAAAAUUGACUUUCGGAAAAGCGUUGAGUCUCCAAUCAGAGGACUCAGAGAAAGUUUGAAUGAAGACGGGCCUGAUCUAAAAAUCGCAGGGAAUAAAGCAAAUAUAUCGCUGCCUCCUUUAAAGACAAAAUUGACCAAACGCUUAAAAGAAGACCCUCAAAAAAGAGAAAAAAUCAGAGAAAGCACCGAAACAAUAGUCGAAAGCCCUCUAUAUUAUAUCAAUAAAUCUUUUACCGCAGGAUACCGACACAAUAUCAACUCCUCAAUAAAAAGGGACAAAACGCCAUUUUCAAAAAGAAAUACCUGUAAAAAACAAAAUUUAAGAUUGGAAAUAUAA